CCCCUCCCCUCCCUUGCCGUGCUGGAAAAUGGCUGUGCAGGGGAGCAGGGAGUUCUGAACGGGAAAAGAAAAGAAGGCGAAGGGAAAAGAGAAGAGCAAGCUGCGUGCACCACUGGAAGCUGCCGUGAAACUUUCCCCACAUUGACCAAUUCCUUCUGCCAUUUUGCAGAGUUUUGAACAACGCGACUAAAUAUUAAGAAGACUCAACAAAUAUCCACGGGUUGCUCAUAAUCCCUGUCCAGAACAUGUGGGAGCUUUACAGAACCGAAGAGGAUUAUAAAGCGUCCCACUCCGCCACUGGUACACCAAUUUAGCCCACUUCAUUCGACUGCAGGGAGCCGACGAUACACGGCCCUCCACUGGCCAAUUUUUAACCCGACUGCUCCCGUAGCAUUCAGCCGCCAGCAGGUGUUCGCCGCUAUAAGGAGCAUGUUGCCUACGCUCUCCCUCUGCUCCAUCAUCUGGCUCAACCGGGGUAUCAAGUUGAGGAAAGUGCACCACUUCAACACCGGUCAGGUCUGAAAUAAGUGUGCGGAGGUCAAGCGCUACCUUGCGGACUUGUAAAAAUGCUUCUAAGCUUCGGGUGACUCCGUGGGUCCCGUCCACCCCCACUUAAAGGCACCCCGCAACAUCCAACUUGUCGUUUGCUGCUUUCUCGUGGGGGAUUUCUGUCUUGCCGGACCCACUUUUUGCAGGGGGACUUGGCCCGCACCAUAUAAUCCUCCACUGGGCAGCCAUUUUGAAUUGUGCUUCCCUGGCAAAAUGGCAACCGAAGGUUUCCAGUACCGCGCCCUCUACGCGUUCACCAAGGACCAGGAAGAAGACUUGGAUCUGCAACCAGGGGACCUCCUGAUUGUCAGCAAGGCCUCGCUCCUGUCUGUAGAGAACUACCACGAGGGCUGCGCAGAGAAGCCCGAGUGCCUCGGCUGGCUCCUCGGUUACAACGAGCGCUCCAAGCAGAGGGGCGACUUCCCCGGAACGUAUGUCGAAUAUGUGGGCCCUGUCAAGAUGGCGCUCCCGUCCAGUCAACCCAGGUCUCAGCGACCCUUACCGGUUGCUCCAACACCAGACUCAUGCCAAGCUGCUUCGGUGCCCGACCUGAGUGAGCAGUUCACACCACUAGAGACGGCUCCCGCCGCCCUCGUCAGCCUGAUCCAAGCCAUAGAGCAAAGAGGUCUGGACUCCCCAACUCUGUACAGGAUGACUACUAGUUCCUCCAUUUCAGACAGUUUGAUUCCAGAGAGUGACAUCACUCAGACAGAUGUGGGCAUUUUGUCCGAGUGUGUCUUGCACUACCUGAGAGACCUUCCCUCACCUGUCAUCCCUGCCUGUACCUAUGCUCAUCUACAAACUGCCGUCACGCAGCAGCAGCAGGACCUACAGCAGUCAGCAGGUGGUGCAGCAGCUGGCAUCCAUGACAGAGAGGUAAGCCGGGUCAUCGAGAGCUCCGCCUCCGUCCCUCUCCAUCACCGCCUCACCCUGCAGUACCUCCUGGCACACCUGGCCAAGGUGACCCAGGCGCAAGCCAGCAACGGUUUAGACACACACACGUUGGGCAAAAUCUUUGGACCGCUGCUGAUGAGGACAGGCCCCGCCACGCCAUUGUUGUCGUUGGAUGAGGAGUUGCCUGCCCUUGUAGUGCAACGACUUCUGAUUGAGAGAACUGCAGAACAAGACCUCACACCACCAGUUCUUCCAGCAAAGCCAACAAAGACAAAAGUCACACCCACAGCCAUGACGGACACAAGCACACUUCUCAGUGAUGCUGAAUGGUACUGGGGAGAAAUAUCCAGGGAGGAGGUAAAUGAGAAAUUACGAGACACUCCGGAUGGUACUUUUCUUGUACGAGAUGCCUCGAGCAAACUGGAGGGCGAGUACACCCUCACCCUCAGGAGAGGAGGAAACAACAAACUUAUAAAGAUCUACCACAGGGAUGGCCUCUAUGGCUUCUCCGAGCCUCUCACUUUCCUGUCCGUAGUUGAGCUGAUCAACCAUUACCGGCACGAGUCCUUGGCCCAGUACAACGCCAAGCUAGACACCAAACUUCUCUACCCUGUUUCCAAAUACCAACAGCUGGUGAAGGAGAACAGCAUUGAGGAGGUUGGUGAGCAGCUGAAGAUCUAUCAUGAGCAAUACCAAGAGAAGAGUCGCGAGUACGACACCCUGUACGAGGAGUACACGCGCACUUCACAGGAACUGCAGAUGAAGCGCACAGCCAUCGAGGCCUUCAACGAGACUAUCAAAAUAUUUGAGGAGCAAUGUGAGACUCAGGAACGCUACAGCAAAGAGUCCCUGGAGCGCUUCCAGCGCGAGGGCAAUGAAAAGGAGAUUCAGAAAAUCCAGAGCAACUCGGAGCGUUUGAAGUCUCGCGUGAAAGAGAUCCACGACAGCAAGCGAAAGCUGGAGCAGGACUUGCGAGAGCAGGUCUCUGAUAACAGAGAAAUCGAUAAGAAGAUGAACAGCCUCAAGCCGGAUCUCAUGCAGCUACGCAAAAUUCGAGACCAAUACUUGAUAUGGCUGACACAGAAGGGUACAAGGCAGAAAAAGAUUAACGAAUGGCUGGGUAUAAAGAACGACGCUGACGACUCGUACUCGCUGGAGGAAGACGAGGGCUCGCCCCAUCAUGACGAGUGCACCUGGUACGUGGGAGACAUCAAGCGCACCCAGGCCGAGGAAUUGCUGAGGGGCAAAUGUGACGGCACCUUCCUCAUCCGUGAGAGCCAAUCACAGAAGGGCUCGUAUGCCUGUUCUGUUGUUGUGGAUGGAGACACGAAACACUGCGUCAUCAACAAGACGGCCACAGGUUACGGAUUUGCUGAGCCAUACAAUCUCUACUCCUCCCUCAAAGAUCUGGUGCUUCAUUACAAAAACGUCUCCUUGAUCCAACACAAUGACCAGCUGAAUGUAAAUCUAGCAUACCCAGUCCUGGCCCGCUCUCAGAAUCACAGCCAGCACCCCAGAUGAAUUCACCACCAGCAGACAAGGGGCACAACCAGGGAGGGGGGGAUUUUCACUCUCAUACAUUGGGGAGGGGAAUGGGAGGGGGCUCUGUUCUUGUGUUUAAGUGGCGAGUUAAAUCAUCUUAGCAAGCAUGACUCUCUGGCUAGAGGCCAGGGUGCGUAUGCCAUCGGAUCCCAGAGUGGCUACGAGCACGUCUUGCUAGCAGCAUGGCUUCACAACCCGCAUAGCGACUUGUAACUUCAGCACUGUUACACUUGGCCCGUCUUUAGCCAGCUAUGGCUGUACAGCAGUGGUUCUUAACCUGGGUUCGAUCAAACCUUAGGGGUUCGGUGGGUCGCUCUCAGGGGUUCGGCAGAGCCUCCACUGCGGAGGUCCGAACACACCUGAUUUAUCGUGUAAAUUCGUGAUAACGUACUAUAUCUGAACUGGUCUCGCUAAGGCUCACUGAUUUGCAGGGAUGUAAUUUGUUGUGAGUUCAUGCAUUGUGUUGGUUUUGUUCUUUGAACAAGGUGAUGUUCAUGCACGGCUCAUUUUGUGCACCAGUAAAAAAAAAAAAAUCUGUCUUGAAUUUGAAAAAAUAUAUAUAUUUUCAGGGUUCAGCAUAUGAAACUGAUGGGGUUCGGCACCUCCAACAAGGUUAAGAACCACUGCGAUACAGUGUAAGUUGCACCAACUCAGUGUGAAAAUGUACAAUACACGCUAAGCACACAAAUAGCUUCUCAUUUAGAGGGUGAUUUUUUUUUUUUUUUAUCUUAACAGGAGGUACUUUUUUUUUUUUUUUUGCCUUAAACACAUGAUCGCUGUUUAUAGACAAAGGCCCGAACUGUUAUCCCCAGACUGCCUGCAAACUCUCCAUAGACAAAAGCCUGAGCUGUCAUCCUGUGAAAAGGACUGGCUUGGCUCAACCAGGCUGCUCGCUUCACACCUUAAGUCGGGCUAAGAAAGCAUUGGACCGGUGUGGUGUUGUCACUGGAGCCUGGGGAAGGGGGAAAGGUUGGACAUUUUGUAGAGUGGAUAGUUUUAGGGGCUUGUACUAAUUGAAUUUGACGCUUGUGUAAGUACCAUAGUGAUAGCUUUCAAUGACCACAAGCCUGUGUCACUAGUAGAGAGCGAGUCGGGAGAGAAAGGCUGUCAAAGUAAACAAAGCUGCUGCUUUAAAAUAUACCUUUUUUUUUGUAAGGUGGGGGGGGGGCUUUAUUUCCAAGCGCUUUGGCUUGUUGCUCUAUCUCAGCAGGCCUCCUUUUAAAUUGACGAGGGAUAACGCAAUUAAAAUAAAAAUAAAAAUGACUGCACGGUAUAUCUCGAGAAAUGUUUCAGUCACAAUACACUAGCUGGGCAGGUACAUUGAUGAAUGCAGUUCCUCAGGAUGACUGAAAAUAGUGGAAAAUGCAUCCAACUUGUUUUUGUUUCCUUCCUUCUCUUUGGGUCCUUUUCAAGACUGUAGCAGCUGUAGCCAUUGACUUAACUGUUAGUGCUUAUUGUAUCUGUCUGCUUCCUAUAUGCUAAAGAAGGCACUCGCAGAGCAUCAAUUGAUGUGAUUAUUGUAUCUUUGGUACUGUAUUUGCUUUUGUUCCUAGUUGGACUGUUUCUCUGCGGUCCUUGCAGAUGUUUUUUUAAAUAAUAUUCAUUCACGGUACUUCCCCUUCCUUGCGCUCGACUGUUGGUUUUAUCACAAGCUUGACUCACAGAGCUGUAGAUUUAAUGUCUAGAAAAAAAAAAGAAAAAGCAGUAAUAUAAGCGUAUAUUUCAGCCAUACAUGCAGUCGCUGUAUGCGAGCUCGUGUUUUCUUGUUUUCAGAGUGGCGCUUCGAUUCCAUUUCCAGCAUCCAGCUAAUGUGAGCCAAAUGAAGGAUGUCCUUUCCAUGUAGCAAGAAUGAGAAAGCUUUUUUUUUUUUGUUUGCGGUCAGAGAGAUUACCGGAGUCCUUCGUGUUUGCGUUUCCACUUGUCGUAUAUGAACAGUGCUUUACAAAUUUAUGAGACCAGUGGUUCUCAAACAUUUUAUCUUUAAAAAAGUAUAGUUAACAUUAUUGUCAGCUACUGUAACAGUAAGCACAGUUUGAACAUGAAUACUUUGCUUAAAUUUAGGAAAAUUAAAAACCAAUAUUUAAUAUAUUAUAUAUUAUAAUAUUUAAACUAAUAUAAUAAACUAAACUAAUUAAAAAAUAUACUUCAAAAAUGUAUUGCACAUCAAAGUUGCAUUGAAAUUCUACCUAAAUGUUUGAUUAAAAAAAAAAAAAGCACUUAAAGAUUGAAGGCUAAUAUAUUGAACAUAGAAGUUAAAUGCAAGUGUAUUUGGUCAUGGUCACCAGCCCCUCAAGAGGGUUUUUGACGACUUCACUGGGAUACGAUGGCAAUGACGGCAGGAAAAUUAGCUCAAGUGCCUCAGCCUUUAAGGCGUCGCUACAAUCCACAUGUGCCCCCAUGUAUAUUUUGCUGUUUUUUUGGCAAUACAGCACUUUGGGGUUUCCCGCUUCCGCCGUGAAAUGGAUGAAAACGUAACUGCUGCCCGAUGUGACUUGGCUAGCCAGAUGACUAAAAUACCGUCACAGAGGGCAAGUUACGUUGUCAUGGUGGCCGUCUAUUUCACACCAUCGUGCUUCCACCCUCUGGCCCGAAUCUCCCUCAUCCCCACCACCUUCGCCAUCAUCACUUUUCUGUCCAUUCUGAAAAAGAAAGGGACAUACGAUAAAGAUCAGGAAUUUUUUGGAUCUUUUUUUAUUUCCAUGUCAUUCCAAGUCUGUGAAAAGAACCGCUAAAGUGGGGAUUGGGGGCUUGGAAUGAUUUUAAUCUGUAAAGCUCUUUGAGUUACACAUUUUUUUUUUUUUUUUUAUAUGAAAAGCGCUCUAUUGAUGAAAAUGUAUUGAUAGAGGAAAUUCCACAAUUUGAAAAUCAUUGCUCUAAUAAAUUUGCUCAGCACUGUACAUUGAAGCAUGAUGCGCGCUUGUACGAUGCACAACACACUCGUAUGCGGAGAUUUGCUUUUCCAUUUCCACACCGCUUCUCCAGUAUUUGUUUGAAUUCAGGUCUCCCUUUCAAAGCACAGUACUCGCUUACACAAUUUCCAUUAGGAAUCUCACCGCUUGCCAAAUAAGAAAGAAACUGUAUUUUUUCUAGAAGGGUUAUGCAGAAGAGACAGGUCAGUAUUUUGGGAUUUUAAAACAAUGGCCAAACUCAGCUGUAGAACAUAAGUGUGUGAUGAAGGGCUAUAAAAUCUAUAUUUUCCUUUUCUCACAAAGAUACAAUUAACAAAGUCCUCUUUCAGUUACAAGUCAAUUGCUCACUUUUACUGACAAACAACCUUCUUUCGCAACACAUACAUGACCGUGAUCUCGUUUGGGCUUUACCGCUGUUUACUAACAUUUCAAUUUUUUACUCGGAGAGGCCCAAAUGUUUUUGUUUUUUUUCAUAUAUAUAUAAAUGAGAGCGACUUUCCAAAUAUUCAUUUCUGCCAUCUUAUCCAGGUCUCUUCAGUUGUACUGUACUUUGCACACACUUCUUUGGCAGAGUGGAUCAUAGAGGUGAGCUCAGCGCUUCUGCUCAGAGGGCUUAAAAAAAAAGCAAGUGAAAGAUUAGAAGUGCCUUGCGUUAAUAAUGAUGAGCGCAUCCUCUCUGUCUUGUUGUUGGAGCCACAUUCGACGCCCGCCAUGAUUUUUAUCUUUCUCAGCAAGAAAUAUGUGUUUGUGUUUUACAUGUCAGUUUGGCUUUAGUUGUGCCUUGUUGUUUAGAUGUAUUUUUGAAUUAUUACAAGUUCUUGCUCCAAUGUGGUGUACUCUCACUUUGCACACAAGCUCUUUUUUUUUUUUCCCAGUUCAGAUUUGUCUUGUUUAUGUUUCAAUAAGAUUCAGAUGACAGUGUGAACAUCCGUGGCCAAGUGUAGCCGCUUGGAGAGUUACUUGCAUGCAGAAUUGAUGAAAAACUUGUUCCGUGUGAAUUACUAGGUCAAAUUAUCUGCCGUUGCUAACAUCCAUCAUCUUGUUUGUUGGACCAACACUUAUUUUGAACAGCACUUUUUUUUUUUGUCUGUUCCACACAGAAAGUCAUUACUUAGGGAUUUUAGGCUUGCGGGUGAAAUUUUUGGAAGAAUCUAAAAUGCACUGGAGAGAGGAACCUCAUUUGACUUUUGAAGUGUUUGCCGUUGUUUUGCAACAAGGAGAUGAAUGGCAAUAUUCACAUUUCCCUUUUCUUUCUUUCUGUGACUCUUCCAGUCCCAAGGCUUCAGUCAGCAUAUUUUGUCGUUACUCUCCUGAUUCGAGAACAGUAUAUUGAAAUGCAUUUUAGGCUCAUCUUCCAAAUUUUGCCCGAAAGUUUAAUAUCUCCAACUUUUGACAAUACUGGAAGUAGUCUAUUAAACUGUACCCAAAAUGUGUGUCGAAGCACAGUCGGUCGGCGCUGCUAAAUUGCAUCGAGACCACAAUUUCUUACACGGGCCAGUUUAGCAUUAUAAUAGAAACGUUAUUGUCAUUGUCACCGGUCUGUGUCGAGAGUUACGGAUCUGAGUUUGAGUGCUUUGAGCCGUUAAUGAAUCUUAGCCAGUGAACAUAAAGGCGUCGCGUUAAUUGAAAUCGUGCGAUUGUCAGUUGUUUCAGGGAUGUUCAGGUGACUUUGGAUCUGCUUCCUUUUAGGCUCUCAGCUUUUUGUAGUCCACGUAGCUCAGUGAGGUGAACGCUUACAGCUGCCAUAUUUUGUGAGCGGUAAAGCAAUUUUGGUAGCAGAUAGACACGACGCAGGCAUGCGUCCAGGACUCUGCACGCUUCGCUUUUCUUCCUGCUCGUGUAUUAGAUAUACAUUUUGUGUCCGUGUAUCUUGAAACACGUUUUUCUAUACGGCAAAUAAUCAUUUAAAGAAUAAGAUAUUUUUUCAUCAGCUUUGGUACACUGUAUAUGAUCUUUCUUGAAAAGGCCUCACACGCCCCAAGCACAUUUUUCACUGACGACGAGGAACAUGCAAAUUGGUGUCUGUACAAGUUUGAAAUGUGAGAGACGUAAUACAGAAUAACUAUUUUGAAGUAUAUACUUAGAUAUCUAUAUUUUUGGAUGAUGUAAUUAUCAUUUGGAUUGUGCUUGAAACAAAUCGGAACGAGGCGUUGGGGGUUAUCUUCGUGCUAUGCGGCGGCGGCUUGGAAAUCAGGGCGAGCAGUUCGUAAAACGCACGCAAUUUUACUAAUCAGCUGCCGUAAGCUUCAGCGUACUUCUCAUCAACUACAGUAUAUUCAACUUGAUAAUCGGGUGCAUUCAGAUGAUGAAGCAAGCUCAUGUACAUGUGUUGAUAUUUUACAGAGCCAAGGCUAUACAGUAUGUUCAAUGCAUCUUGGCUGCUUUGCAUUUUUUUUUUUUUUUUUUUUUUUUAAAUCAAUGUUUUUAUUUUUUAUCUUGAACUCAGAAUCUGUCAGUGAUUUGAGAGUUGUUCUGUGACC